AUGUUCCAGUCAUGUUCUGGAAAGCCCGAGCUCCGUGUGGCUAAGGGUGCAGGCAACACCGAGCCCUUCCUCCCCGAGCAUCCCGUGCCCGCCCAGCCGCUAGUCAAGGCUUCACGCCGGGCCGCUCCCGGGCUCGUCCAGACCCUGAGAGCCGGGCCCGGGUGGGGGCCCCAGCGCCGCCGCCGCCGCCGCAGAGCCGGGGGCGGAGAGGGGAGCAGGGCGGACACCUCCUCUUACCGGCUCUGGGCGGGGAGAGGGACGGGCCUGGAAGGAAGGGCGGCCUCCGGCUCCGGCUCCGGCUCCGGCUCCAGCUCGGGCGGCGGUGGCAGCAGGGGCGGCUUCUCCCGGAGGGCCCCCACGGGUCACUCGCCGCCAGCCGCCCGGUGUUUUCAUACAAACCCCGGCAGCAAGCGAGUAGGAGGAGGAGGUGGUGGCGGCGGCGGCGGCGGAACCUGUCCGCAUCCCGGGCAACGUCACCGCGCCGCCCCGCCCCGCCCCCACCCGGCUUCCCGCCCCCCCUUAUCCCUCCCACUCCCCUCCCCUCCCUGCUCCUGGCGGGCGGAGAUGGGGGAAAGCACGCGCCGCCCCACCCCCACUAUUUCCCUGUCCCUAGCGGGCGGGAACGGGGAGCACGCGCCACCCUACGGGCCCACCCUAUCCCUCGCGCGCGGGGAAAGCACGCACCACUUCAUCACUCCCUCCCCUACCCUUAGCGUAGGAGAGCAUACGCGCUGUCACCGAGUUUCGCUGCCCCGCCCCCACACAGUUUCUUCCCUCAAUCACCCACUUAUUCCCGGCCGGCUUUAAGGCUACGGAGGGGAGCUUUGGGUAAAGUGUGAAGGAGAAGGAGAAACGUGGGGUAGGCAAGGGACAGAAGGGCAUCGAAGAACUAUGAAGAUACUGGGCCCUGCUGCCGAGUCUUCUUCCCACCCCACCCCCAUCCUUACCCAGCCCCUGGGACCGGCGCCGGGAGGCGCGAACUGCCAACUGCUGGCACGCGCUGCCUCCCUCUCCGCUCCGAUUCCUGAUUCACGAGGCUCCCCUCACCUGUCUUCAACUCACCUUUGCUUGCAUAUGCGAAAUGGCUUCCUCAACGUGCAUCUUGGAUCAAAUAUCACAAUUUUUUCUGGGACCAGUCAUACUGGUCAUCACACCGCCCGAAAGCAUGGAAUAUUAGGUCCAGCUGACUUCUUUGAUUCCCUUUGGGUGCACAGAUCUAUCACAUACUUUGAAAUAAAUGCCCAGAUGGCAGCAGCAUGAGUAAGUUCAGUGGUCUUCACAGAGCUGGAAAGCUCUUCAGCCACAGAAGUGACAUGACAAACAAUCCAAGAAAGCUCAUUUUGGGCACGGCUUUGAAGGCCAAUUCUGCCAUCAGAAAGUGUGUGAGAGUCCAGCUGUUUAAAAAUGACAAAUAAACCACCACUUUUGUUUCCA